AGAACUUUGUUACCAUGUGAUUAGUUCAUGGGGGUACAAAUUUGUGACAGUUGUGCUUUAAAACAAUGAAUGAGGUGUCUGUACCCCUCAAUGAAUCCACUGUGCCCCUAAUGAACUUUGCCACUAUGAUCCGUCCAUGAACUGUGCCACUAUGCCCCCCAUUUACUUUGCCAAUAUCCCCCACAUUAACUGUGCUACUAUCUUUCUACCUAUAUACUUGGGGUACCUACUCACCAACUGGUGAAAUCUACCUACCUAUUGUAGCCACCUACCUGCUUACUGGGGGAACUCCAGAUGUGGACAAUGCUCCCAGAAAUAGCUUGAAACUGUCAAAGUUACUAAUGAAUAUAAAAUUUACUGAAAAUCCGACAUUGCUUUUUGUGGUUCAAAAGAAUAAUUUUCAAAAUAAUGAAACGCCUGGACAAAAAAAGUUGGUACUGUAGCAGGUGCAACCAAACAAAAGAACGCUAUCACACCCCCUCCCGUAGGCUUGCAUUGAGGGGCAGAGCGUGACGUCACACGGGGGCGGAGGUGUGACGUCACACGCCACCGGCCUGGUGGUCAUCCGUAAUCAGACUCGGAGCGAACACGCUCCGGGGACUGAUUACAAACGGGGUGCCGCGUGCAAGAUCCCGGGGGUCCCCAGCGGCGGGACUCCCGCAAUCAGGCAUCUUAUCCCCUCUCCUUUGGAUAGGGGAUAAGAUCUGUAAGCACGGGAGAACCCCUUUAAACUGUGUCUAGGCGUCCGGUGAGUGCAUGCUAUCGUUCUUUUGUUUGGUUGUUACUACUUGCCGCAGCUGUAUUGCGUGCACCCCGCAGGUGUCAUUUGUUCUAUUGGAUCCACACACAGCCCCACAGACUUAUCCUUUUAUUGAAGCUGUGCUUAGAAUAGGAGUGCUCUCCCCUUCAUUUCCUUCUUCAUUUUGGUUUCUGUAACAGGUGUGUUUAUUUCUUGCUCAAGCCCUACCUGUUCAGCUGCGGCAUUGCCCAUUACCGUGAUGAUGCCCAGGCCAAUUAAGACUGUCCAGUUGUGUCAGACCUAGUGCCCACACCCUCCUGAGCUGUCCUAUGUUUACUGCACUCUUGGCUGUGAAAAAAGCAACUUGCCUGUGCACAUGGGGUUCACUUUGGGAACACCUCGAUAUCUACCAUCGCAUGUUCCACACAUCACGUUGAUGGAAGAAACCAUUUGAAAAGACUGCACAAGCAUCAAGACCAAAUGCGUAUUGUUCUCGUUCAUCAUAUACCCUAAACGGUUCUAUGAUCUAGGCAACAAAAUCUGGUGAGCGUGGUUGAUACAGUUAGCGGCGAUUAUCGUCUACUCCCUCUUACUACGCCUUUAUUAGGUAAAGCUCUCUGAUCUGGUUGGUGCCCAUGUUUCAAUACGACAAGCACUUAAUUUCUCAUUCUAUACGUUACAGGCCUAGCAGAUAGGGUCUAACCAGAGUUUACGGUCAGUACUGGAAUAGCUACUGUAGGCACGUACAGGCUUUUCACAUCCUCGCAUGCAUCAGAACUGUUUUAAUAUUUAGGUAAGGUCCCAUGCCAGCUUUUAUAGGUUAUACUAGGACAGUGUUAAUAUUGGUUUCUUGGUAGGUGAUCAUCUUCAAGGUCGGCGCUUAUUUGGAGUUGGGCUAACAGUUACAGCUGGCAGCAGGUUCUCAGCUUCACGUAGAUUACUACAGCCUAGAUAUUCAGGUAAAGGUCCACCAUGAAGCAGUUAUUUGUAUUACCGUAUGCCUUCACUGACGUGUAGUUUCUGUAGGUGACUCUCCGGGAUCAGUGGACAGUAGCAGAUACAUACUUGGAGAUAGGAUUCUGGGUUCUGGGGCUUUCAGGUAAGCCAGGUCCUAGUUUAGGUCAGGUUGGUCUAGGAAGCAGAAAGGGUCAUGAAGUUAUUUAUGUUCUCUCAUUUCAGGUAUUUCUCGCUUCACGACUAAGCGGAUUCGUUUACACAUUCUCAGGCCUCCCGCUUCACGGCUAAGCGGGCUCGUUAAUACACUUCACAUUGCGUUAAGUAAGGUUCGUCCUGUGUGCAGUAGAUUGUCUCGGGUGGCUGGUCGCUUUAUCAUCAAGCAUGGCAUUUAUAGUUUCUUUUUGUUCAGGUUCCAUUGUGAACGAGCAGUCCCCACAUAGGGUAAGCCACGCACUAUUGGGUGCUCUACACACUUCACGUACCCAUCACGUUUCUGGGGGUUGACACGGUGGCAGUUAAUAGGUUAAUCACGCUUGGUCACGUUCUGCUGCACGGUAUUCAGCUGUUGCUGGAUUGGGGUUAUGUUUAUACUUUUGUAGUCACUUCAGAACUUGUCACGACUUCAGGUUCUCUCACUUUUCUCCAGGCUGACACGGCUUCGGUCUUCCGUACGCACCAUCUCGUGUUACGUGGUUAGAUCACUCUAGGAGGCCCUAAUUUCUGGUGGUUAGCCUGCCUUCUGGCUUACGAGUAAUCUCAGUCAGACAACUGAGGUCUGUGUCAUUUCGGAUAUCUUUCAGAAAUGUCUCACAACUCUGAUAUCGAGGACUCAGCCUCAGUCCUGGAAGAAACCACCAGAAUGUCUGAUCACACUAGUAUUUCCUCUUUGAGGAAUUGGUCUAUACCAAAAUUGACUGCGGAGCUAGUCAGGAGAGGAAUCCCUUACCCUGCUACUGCCAGAAAAGCAGAACUAUAUCGUCUACUAUCGUCAGAUACGGCUGGGCCCAGCAAUGAGGAAGUGUCAAACUGUACCUUGCAUACCUCUCUAACCCAAUUACACGCUCUAGUUAACAGUCUCUCCUCGUCCCUCACGGAUAUGCAGUCUAGAGUUGAGGCCAUAGAAAACAGGGACUCGGUACCACCCACGCCACAGGUCCCAAUCCAGACGCCAACUCACGCCGCCCCCACAGGUACCCCUCCAGCUAUUCCUACUAUUUCCCCAGCUCAUUUUAUACCACCCCAUAUAAAGAAAGAUAUCUUAGACGGGAAAGAUAUCAACCUAGCUUCUCUUGUCAUAGCAACACAUGAUCUAAUGGAGAAUAAGACAAUCGCUUGUGGGGAUGUCUCUGUGGUUUUGAAAUCGAAAGAUGUUCGCCUUAGUAGGAAAUUAUCCUUGUCAGAAUUUAUCAUGGCAUUUAGCAUAUACCGUGACAUCAUUUGUACUACAAAACCAGAGAGAAGAGAAGAGCUGGAUCACUAUCUAUACAAGGUGACUGAGUUAUCACACAAAUUCUACGACUACCAUAGGUCUUUUUCGGCCAAAGCGGCAGCUGCAUUAGGUCAAUUUGGAUACACCAUUAAUUGGGCUUCAAUUGACACUGAGAUUUUCUGUACUCAUUUUGCUGGGUUGAAGACGCCGGUUUGUGCUAGAUGUCAAGCUAGUAGUCACACGGCUGAAUGGUGUAGCUCCUCAAGUACAGAGGUCAGUGGCGCUCUGGCGAGGACAUCCUCUUUAGCACAGCCCAGGGUACAGAAAUCCUCAGGGAUAGUAGACAAAUUAGGAAGGCCCAUUAGGUACUUAGGGAAAUCUCAGAUAUGCAAUAAUUUUAAUUACACGGCGUGUAAUUAUAAUCAGUGUAGGCUUCUGCACGUCUGUGCCAUUUGCUUCAGGGCCCAUCCUAAAGUGGCUUGUCCACAGAAGAGCGAGAAAUCCUGACUAACCGUCAUAAAUGUAGAAUCCCUGGAAUCAUUCUUGGCCGAUCACCCUGACCCGGCUUUUGUUAAGUUUCUUCUUUCUGGGUUUAACUUUGGUUUCCACAUAGGCAUCGUAACCUCAUACGAAUGUAAAAAUCUUCAGUCCGCCCAAUCGGAUCCUCAGGCGGUUGAUAUUCUCAUCAAAGCAGAGGUUGACAAGGGUUUUGUCAUUGGCCCUUUCAGGGAGUCACCGUUUGAUAUAUGGAGAGUUAGCCCCAUUGGGUUAGCGAUAGGGAAAUUUAACAAUAAAAAAAAAAAAGGUUGGUGUAUGACCUGUCUGCUCCCCAUUAUUCUUCCGUACCCAGCAUUAAUUCUCUAAUUCCAGCUCAUGAAUUCGGCCUAAAGUAUUCGUCCAUUGAUGAGGCCAUUGCCAAAAUUUUAAGCAUGGGUCGGGGAGCCUGGCUAUCCAAGGCCGAUAUAACAGAUGCGUUUAAAUUACUCCCAAUUAUGCCACAAUUAUGGAAGUGGCACGGCAUCAAUUGGAGGGAUAGCUACUAUUUUGCUACGAAACUUACGUUUGGGGCCAGAAGUAGUCCCUGGUUAUUUAAUGAAUUCGCCUCUGCUCUCCAUUGGUUGCUGGAAAAUAGGUUUUGUUGCUCUCACGUCAUCCAUUAUCUGGAUGACUUCCUGCUGAUCGAACCCCCCUCCUCUAUUCCUAGAGAUCUGCAAGUAUUACUCGCUGUUUUUUCUCAGAUAGCAGUUCCCAUUUCUCCAAGAAAAGUUGAGGGCCCUACUAAACAACUCACAUUCCUAGGUAUUGUCCUGGACACUCAGGAAAAGGAGGCUAGACUUCCUGUUGAAAAACUUCAGAAUAUCAGAGCAGUCAUUCAUAAAUUGGUAAAUGUUCCCCAGAUUACCAAAGUAGAGUUACAGUCAGUACUUGGCAUGCUCAACUUCGCAAUGCGAAUAAUUCCACAGGGUAGGACGUUUAUUUCUCAUCUGUUAGUCCUCCUAUCUGCCGUUCCAACCCAAAAUACUGUCAUACAGCUGGGACAGUCGGCCAUGUCAGACCUGCUAAUGUGGGAUAACUUCCUUAGGUCAUGGAAUGGGAUUUCAUUUUUUAUCCCCAAAGUCAAAAAUCAGUCACCUCGUAUUUUCACGGAUGCCUCCUCCAUAUCUGGGUUUGCAGCCAUUUGGGAAGGUCAUUGGUUGGCAGCUCCAUGGCCCCCUGGGAUUUAUGGCAUAACAGGUUUUUCACAGAAUUCAGCACUUUUUGAACUCUUUCCUAUCGUGGCGGCAGCCCAGGUAUGGGGAGAAGCGUGGCACAGGUCCACUGUGUUAUUUGUAUCUGACAAUGCCGCCACUGUCGAGAUACUGCUGAAAGGUAGAUCUAGCAGUCCACAGAUCAUGUCCCUGGCCAGAAAAUUAGUCUGGUUAUCUCUGCAUCAUGGGUUAAAUUUCACAGCAGCUCAUAUCAGUGGUAUCCAAAAUAUAGCGGCAGAUGCUCUCUCUAGACAGAAAUUCUCUCUUUUCUUCCAGGUCAUGCCGGAAGCAGACGUGACAGGCACUCAGGUUCCACAGUUUCAAUCCCUGAUUCUGGAUUGAGAGAGCAUCUUCAGAUAGCCAAACAGCUAAUAAAUAGGUCUCUGUCUGUCAACACGCAAAGAAUCUAUUCUACUGCCUGGAAUACGUUCCUGAAGUUUCAGUGUAGACACCCGCACAGUGAUCCACACUCAGUAUCUUUCAUUCUCGCAUUUAUUGGGUUUUGCCAUUCCACAUUACACCUGGCACACAAUACGGUAAAAAUAUAUCUGGCAGGUAUUCAAUAUCAUCUAUCACUAGUCAAUCCGGACAAACCUUCUAUCUUUACCUCCCACUUGGUAAAGUCGGCCCUUAAAGGCAUACAAAAGGGAGAACUGACCAAAUCCCUUCGAGGUUGCCCAUCACGGGUGAUAUGUUCAGACGUCUGUCAGAUACCUUAGACAAACAUCCAUUCGGUCAUCUCAACAGUAUCUCCCUGAAAGCUGCUAUUUACUUGGGUUUUUACGGUUUCCUAAGACCAGGAGAAUUCACUUGUAAAUCAGUUAAAGAGAACUAUGUCCGGGUAGGACAACUAAGAAAAAUGCCAGAUCAUUAUGUCUUGUCUCUGUUGUCCACUAAAACGUCCCUGCCAGGUCACGUGACUAAUGUUUGCUAUUAUCCUACCUUGCAUAAGUGGUGGGGUCCAGUUUAUGUCUUCACAGAAUUGUUUGCAUGUUAUCCAAGUUGUUCAGAUACUGAUCCGCUACUCGUCUUCGAUGGCACGCCCUUGACCACUGCAAUUUUCAUCAAAUAUCUUCGUGUUCUGGUCAAGUCUCUAGAGGGCAAUCCAGCGGAACUGACCGGACAUUCAUUCAGAAUGGGUGCAGCUUCCUCAGGUUCCAGACAUGGAGUCCCAGCUCAUAUUAUUAAGUCUAUAGGCCGUUGGAGGUCUACCUGUUAUAUGCGCUACAUUCCAGACCCCAAGAAGGAAGUAGCUGAUGCUUUUAGAUCUCUUGUUAUGUAAAAGUUUUCAUUAAAGCAUAAUGUUUAUUAUCU